CACGGACGCACUGACAGACACGCAGAUACCCGCCCCGGAACGAGCAGCUCCCCGCGGGGACACGCCCGCCCCGCCUUCCUCCGCCACCCCUUAGCUCCUCCGGCCGCUCGGGCAGUGCGCGGGGCAGCCCGGCGCGGCGUGGUCAGGCAGUGCGCGGGGCAGCCCCCGCGCCGGUGCCAGAGAAGGCCCCUCGUGAAGGCGGGAGGCCCCGGAGGCGGCGGAAGGCACUAUGUCGGUGAGCGACAUGUUCAUCGCGCUGCAGGGCGCCCUCACCGCCGACCAGGACAUCCGAGAGGAGAUUCGUAAGGAGGUGCAGGCGCUGGAGCAGACGGCCCGGGAGAUCCUCACGCUGCUGCAGGGCGUGCACCAGGGACCCGGCUUCCAGGACAUACCAAAGAAAUGUCAGAAGGCUCGUGAACACUUUGGUACAGUGAGAACACAGAUGGAAUCUCUGAAGACCAAGUUCCCCGCUGAUCAGUAUUACAGAUUUCAUGAGCACUGGAGGUUUGUGCUUCAGCGGUUGGUGUUUCUGGCAGCGUUUGUAGUCUACUUGGAGUCAGAAACGUUAGUGACCCGAGAAGCUGUUGCAGAAAUACUUGGGAUUGAAGCUGAUCGAGAGCGAGGCUUUCACCUGGACAUUGAAGACUAUCUGUCUGGUGUAUUAACUCUCGCCAGUGAGCUGGCCAGGCUGGCAGUGAACAGCGUCACGGCUGGUGACUACUCUCGCCCUCUCCGCAUCUCAACCUUUAUCAACGAGCUGGAUUCUGGCUUCCGUCUCCUCAACCUGAAGAAUGACUCCCUGAGGAAACGUUACGAUGGCCUGAAAUAUGAUGUCAAGAAAAUUGAGGAAGUGGUUUAUGACUUGUCGAUCAGAGGACUCAAUAAGGAGGCAACAGUUGGUGCGGGUGGAGAGAAAUGAAGGAUGCUUGUUUUAACAGCAUCAUCGAUUACCUCAGAUGGUUGCCAAUUUAGGAAGCAUGCUAGCAAAGCCUUCCUACAGUAGUUUAGAAGAACUGCAGCUGAAAGCUGCUCUCUAUUUUCUUACAGAAGGUGUAGUACGGGUGUUAGCUCUCAAAAUGUUUUGUAAAAUCAUGUCUAGAUUAGGGCAGGAGGUUCUCUGUUUCCAGUGGAAUUCCUCUGUCAGGACACACGGUGCCGUUCUGUGCACAGCAGCAAUAGUAGUCGGUAACUUCCAUGAGCUGAAAUUCUCAUUAGUUGUGUAGUGUUCCGUCACUGCUCCCGGCAGUCGUGUGCUUCAGCUGUCUCUGCUCGCACACCUGCAAAGACGUGUGCACAGCACGCAGCUCAGCGUGGAUACAUGGGAUGUUUUGAAAAACACAGUGUGUAAAUAUCUAUACAUUUUUUAAGACACUGGGGGUCUGCCUUUUUAUUUCUUAAAUUUUCAUUUCUGUCAGUGAGUUGAACAGAUUUGCAUAACUGUUUAGUAACCAGAUCUUUUUAAAUGGCUUCUGUUAAUAUAUCCCCCUUAAUCGAUAAAUUGGUGAAAAUAUUCCUGAGAAUUUUUAAAUUGGAACUCAUGUAUUGCACCCGCGCACAUCGCUCUUUCUCCCUCUCUUGUUUUUUUCCUUUCCUCCAAGAUUUCUGUAGUAGGGAGAGCAAGGUUUUCUCAAACAUCUGCUGUCACUGGCUGGUAUUUGUUUUACUGACAUAAGUAAAUGUUGAGUUUUAAUACUA